AUGCCUGCUGGUUCAGUCCUCGUUGCCGGUGGUACCGGUUACAUUGGCUCCUUCACCACCCUCGCCCUUCUUGAGGCUGGCUACAAGGUCGUCGUCGCUGACAACCUGUACAACUCCUCCGCCGAGGCCCUGAACCGUGUCGAGGCUAUCUGCGGCAAGAAGGCUGAGUUUGUCCAGCUCGAUGUCACCGAGGAGAAUGGCUUCGACAAGGUCUUCGAGGCCCACCCCGACAUUGACAGUGUCAUUCACUUUGCUGCCCUGAAGGUGCGCUCAUAUAUCCAUGCUGAAUUGGAAGAAACCAAUUCAGCGCAGCCAUUGUCACGAAAUAACCCCGAAACUGACACUCUUCUUUACAUCCAGGCUGUUGGCGAGUCCGGCGAGAAGCCCUUGGACUACUACCUGGUCAACGUCUACGGCACCAUUAACCUGCUCCGCUCCAUGGUUAAGCACAACGUCAGCAACAUCGUCUUCUCCAGCUCGGCCACCGUCUACGGCGAUGCCACCCGCUUCCCCAACAUGAUCCCUAUCCCCGAGGAGUGCCCUCUGGGCCCCACCAACCCCUACGGUAACACCAAGUUCGCCGUCGAGACUGCCAUCACCGACGUGAUCAACGCUCAGCGCAACAACGCCAUCAAGGCCGGCAACGAGGCCGAGGCCAAGAAGUGGAACGGUGCCCUGCUCCGCUACUUCAACCCCGCCGGUGCCCACCCCUCCGGCAUCAUGGGCGAGGACCCCCAGGGUGUCCCCUAUAACCUGCUCCCCCUGCUCGCCCAGGUUGCCACCGGCAAGCGCGAGAAGCUCCUCGUCUUCGGUGACGACUACGCUUCUCACGACGGCACCGCCAUCCGCGACUACAUUCACAUCCUCGACUUGGCUGACGGUCACUUGAAGGCUCUCAACUACCUGCGCGAGCACAACCCCGGUGUCCGCGCCUGGAACUUGGGUACCGGCAAGGGCUCCACCGUCUACGAGAUGAUCAAGGCCUUCUCCGCUGCUGUCGGCCGCGACCUCCCUUACGAGGUUGCCCCCCGUCGUGCCGGUGACGUUCUCAACCUCACUGCCAACGCUACCCGUGCUACCAACGAGCUCGGCUGGACCCCCAAGUACACUCUUGAGAAUGCUUGCGAGGAUCUCUGGCGCUGGACUAAGAACAACCCCCAGGGUUACCGCCAGCAGCCCCCUGCGGAGCUGCUCGCUGCCCUGAAGAAGUAA